CGCAUGCGCAGAGCGGCGGGGCUCCAGCACAUUGAGAGGCUGAACUCUCGGAAGUUUAGCUAAGUUGCAGAGAUUUAGCCCGACAGGCUAGCAGCAGAAACGACGGUCCGAGCUGCAAAGUUGUUUUUUCAGGGUGGAAAAAGUCCCUUUGGACUGACGCCGUUAUCACACAGUGAACCCCGGAGGACUACCGAUGGAUGUAAAUCGUUUUUCUUGGUUUGAAUCGCGCGAACAGGAGCGUUAGAGACGGUAGAAAGAAGUUGUGAUUGUUUUUUUUUGGCGCUCUGGCGGCGCAGAGGAAAGAUGGAGGCUCUGCGGGUGUAGCAGCGGGCUAACGCUAGCCGCAGUUUACGGACUCAUCUGAGCUGCUUCACCGCGGGGUGGAUGUCCGGAAGGUGGAGGCUUUAAUCCAUCACAGUGACGGUGUUCAAGCUGCUCUUCAUGUUCACAGAAUCUCUAAAGAAGCAUGAGAGUCCGUCAGGCUCUGAGGAUGGGAGCAGGGCUACUGGAGGCAGGAUCUAGACAUCAGAUGGUGCUGUGAAGAAGCCAUGGGUAGCUGUUUAAGCUGUCCAGAGAAAGAGUCAAUCCCAGAUAAUCAUCAGAGCAAGUUUAAGGUGAUCAACGUGGACGACGAUGGGAACGAGUUGGGUUCAGGUGUGAUGGAGCUGACCGACGCUGAGCUCGUCCUCCACACACAUCGCCGCGACGAUGUCAGGUGGCCUUACCUGUGCCUGCGUCGCUAUGGAUACGACUCAAACCUUUUCUCGUUUGAGAGCGGCCGCCGCUGCCAGACAGGACAAGGUAUUUUUGCCUUUAAGUGUCCUCGGGCUGAGGAGAUCUUCAACAUGCUGCAGGAGGUGAUGCACAGUCACAGCAUCAGUGUAGUGGAGGAGGCGGUGAUGGAGCCAGGACACCAACUCGCACCUGCAGUUGUGGGGUACUCUGUGCCCUCUCUUCCUAACGGGGUGAGCAGGAUCCCGUCUGUGGGGGAGGCUCCAUCUCAUCCCUCCACCCGUCACCCGUCGGUGGCCAGCACCCGCCUCCCUUCUGUGGGGGAGGAGUCGACUCACCCCCUGCUGGUGACCGAGGAUGCGGUGCACACCUAUGUGAACACCACGGGGCUCCUGGAGGAGCAGCCCAGUCCUCUGACUGUCACCACCCCCCUGGAGAGCCCCACUCCCCAGUCUCAGUGUCCUCCAACCCCCCCGCCUCCCCCAAGGGUCCGCAGCGAACCGCCACCCCCACCUCCUCAGGUGGAGCCGCAGGUGCUGCUGGAGCCGCAGGGCGUGCGCUUCGUGUUGGGCCCCACCCCCGUACAGAGGCAGCUGAUGGAGAAGGAGAAGAGGAAGCAGGAGACGCAGGGGGAGGAGCCUCAAGAAACUAACGGCCCUCCUGAAACCCCUGCCGAGCCGGAGCUCGCCCCCCCGCUCUCCAAUGGCUCCUCCUCCUCCUCUUCAGUUCCAUCCUCAGCUCCUCGUCGCCACCGCCCGCCCCCCCUCACCCCUGACCUGCAGAAUGUCAACAACUCGGCGCAGCGCCGCACUGCCCUGCUGGACUAUGAGAACUUGCCUGCGCUGCCACCCGUGUGGGAGGCCAGGAAGCCGAGUGGAGAGGAGGAGGAGCCUGUCUGUGGCGGUCUUAGGACGCCGUCGUUAAAUGGCUACAACCACCAUGGCGUUCUGCACCACUCUUACUCCCACCCGCUGUCCGCCACGCUCGAGGCCUCGCACAACUACGUCAAUACGGAGAACGUGACAGCACCUCUCAGUGCCCAUCGGCCUGACACUGCCCGCCGCCGCACUGAAGGCCCUACCAUUUUUAACUUUGACUUUCGGCGGCCGCCGCUGCCUGGACACCCCGAGCCGCCCAAAACUCUGAACUACAUCGAGGUAGAGAUGGAGCAGGGCGGCGGGAACAAGGGAGCCUCGGACGGAAGUAACCCCCACACGCCACGCACCCCCACCUCCCCGCUUCCCCCAACCACGCCCACCCGCCGCACCGAGCUGUACGCCCUCAUCGACAUUGAACGCACUGCCGCCAUGUCCAACCUGCAGAGGGCACGGCCGCGUGAUGAUGGCACGUCACGCAAGACUCGACACAACAGCACGGAGCUGCCCACCAAAAGCACUGCGUGACCC